AUGUCUCGAUCUCCCUCAAGUGCGACGCCAAAAUGGCACCAGUUUGAGCGGAAGGUCGAGGAUAUCAAGCCAUCCAAAACUGACAUCAACUACCUUGUGAUGGAUUACCUGAUCACGAAUGGCUACCCCGCCGCUGCAAGUAAAUUUGCCCUGGAAGCGAACGUUCAGCUUCGCACAGACAUGGAGUCCAUCCAGGAGCGAGUCGAAAUUCGCAAUUUCAUCCAUUCUGGAAAUAUCCAGGCAGCGAUCGAGAAGAUCAACGAGUUCAACCCUCAGAUCCUCGACAAAAAUCCUGCGUUGCACUUCGCGCUUCUCCGCCUCCAACUGGUAGAACUAAUUCGCACUUGCACAUCCUCUCCCGACGGCGACAUCAGUCCCGCGCUCGAGUUCGCAACUGCGCACCUCGCACCACGUGCCCCUACCAACCCACAAUUCCUCGAUGAUUUGGAGCGGACCCUUGCCCUAUUAAUCUUUCCGAGCGGCAGUCUGUCUCCGUCCCUCGGCAACAUGCUAGAUCCCAGUCUUCGUAAAGAAAUUGCUCAGCGGGUCAAUGAGGCCAUGCUCCAGAGCCAAGGCGCCCGUCAAGAAGCGCGUUUACGCGGACUUGUCAAACUACGCGCCUUUGCCGAAACUAGAGCCCGGCAAGCCAAAAAGGACAUCCCUGAAAAGCUUGACAUCGGCCUCCUCGGCGAUGGUGGCGGAGAUGCCCAAUUCAGUAACACUAGUAAUAAUCCUCUCAAUAGCGGCACUAUCCACAAUGGCGGCGGCGACACUGUGAUGAGCAACAGUGGUGAUGGCGAAGCGAUGGUCGCGUGA